AGGAUAUAUAUUUGCAAUGCCCACUCGUAAUAAUUUAGACGGGUUAGCGACCGGACUUAAAGUAGAAAUUAUUCUCCACUUGAAUAAUCCUACACCACUUGCUCGAUGCUCCCGUGCUUG